AUGCAGUCCCCAGGCGUUUCAAGAACCCAGUUCCCCUAUCCUGAACAUUUGGACCACCAGACAUCCCCCGAACGACCCUCGGGGUCUGGCAGUGCCGACACAUCCAUGGCUUCCCAACAGUCCGGCCGCAGUUCCUCCGCCUCGUCUCGAUCCCAGUCCAGCAAGAAUCAGCCUGAUAAGCAAAUAUCCCAAAUCGAAAAGAGUGUCACGCACCUCUUGGUUGCGACAAAACAACUCCUCGAAACCUUGACCCAAUGGUCUCGGAAGCAAGCAUCGGAGAAUGACGUGUCAGAUGUAUAUGUUCGAUUGGGCUAUGAAUUUAACUUGGCUUGUCGGGCCUUCAGUGCCAUCGGAGUCGACACCUCAGACCUCGGUCCCGUACCAGACCUCCUCCGCACCAUACUUGAAGACACUCUUAGUCAAGAUGCAUCUUCCCAGAGCCUCGAUAGAUACCUCCCCCGAAUUCGAGAUAUAAUUAUCAACUUGUUAAAAGGGCUGAAGAAGAAGCAAGCUCGCUUAAGGUCCCGGCACCAGCGCGAAGAUGGCCGGCCCGCACCAGGACGGCAAGCCAGUGCGGGAAGCAUCGCUAACGGGCAGGCAAUUGGUCAGCUGUAUGAUGAUGCUGCAGCAUCCACCAUGCCGUCGACAUCCCAGUCUCCAAGAAGAUCGAAUCGACGAUACGGCAGUGGUGGAUCGCUGGAGGAUCAACCCGCCAUUGCUCGAACCUCCUCGGCACCUUCGACAACUGAACCGCGCAUGGCAAACCACGCUGAAAGAGAAUCAUCGCGACGAGAGGCUCAACAAAUGCUGUCUCAACCUACCCCCUUCGAUAAUGACACAACCCCUCGAGCAAACACAUCCAAUACCACAGCGCCUCCAACAUAUAUUACACCCGCCGGGUUCAGUGCGCCUCCGCCUCCGCCUCCGCCAAAGGAGGAUGACGCAUUGGGGGCUUUACAAAGAAGUGGAGAGCUUGAGCGACGUGCCUCGCGUCGAUUCUCCGCUUAUCAAAUUCAGAAACAUCUGGGCACAUCUACCAACGGUGUUCCUGUCCUCCCUACCCAGAACUCCCCCAUCCCCAAUCGCGGUCGUGAUGUCCGCGAAUCCUUGAAUGCAGUCCGUCUGCGGGGCUCAUUUACUCAUACAAGACAACGAUCCAACAACCGCUUACAGGAAGCCGCCAAGGGUGCGCAAGCUCCCCCACCUGCAAAUAUUCCGGAUGUCGUGGAAGAAGAACGCACUCCCCCAUCGGCCGCGCCUCCAUUAGAGCCACAAGGAAUCGAUAUCGUACCAUCUGAGGUGCCCACAGAAGCGCAUGUUCAUAACGAGAAAGACGAUACCGUGGAAUCUGCGAUUGUUCCUCCCCCGAUCAUUCCACAACCCCAGGAGAAGCCAACACUUGAAGACGCUUUUGAGCCCGCAAAACCAGCACCCCAGACCCCGAAGGCAGACUCCUUUGGACCGUCCACCGAGAUCGCAACACCUCUAUCGGCUAUUCAAUUUGCUACUGAGCAACCCUCACCAGGAAAGGAGCUGACGCUGUUCCUGCAAUAUAAAAGCAAAAUUAAGAAGUAUGUGCUCCCAGAUGGUAUUGCAGAGCUCACCAUUGGGCGCCUGCAGCUCGCUUUUAUUGAAAAGUUUGCGUGGAAUACCCACGACAAUGGCGUUGAUUUGCCAGAAAUUUAUAUCCAAGACCCAAUCUCAGGCAUCCGACAUGAACUAGAAGAUCUUGCCGACGUCAAAGAUCGGUGUGUGUUGGUGCUUAACGUUGACAACCUUGAUGAGGUCAAGAAGCAUUUCGAUGACAGCCUUGGAAGUGUGCGCCUCCUAGUUGAAGGCGUGAAAGAAACGCUUUCUGGCCAAGGAAAUGUCAUCCAGCGGGUUUCGGAUCGCCAGCUUGAAGCUGCGAAAGAAAUCGCUCGCUUGGCUGCUGCUCCUCCAGCCACCUCUGGUCCGGCUGCAAGCUUGCGUCGUGACUUGGCUGUCCUGCGUCAGACCUACUCCAACUUUACUGCCGAUAUCACCGGUUCUAUGAGCGCAGUCCGUGCUAAGGCAAGCAAGGUGAAGACCGCUGCUGACGAUGUUGCCACUCCCUCUUAUGAAGGUGAUGCUGGCCGUGCUCGCGUCAAUACUGGAAAGAAGGAACUUGCAGGUGAAUCGGAGCGACUGGUCGCCCGCGUCGAUGAUCUCCAAGAUUUGGUUGAGGACCUUCGGAAGGAUGUCGUGACCCGCGGUGUUCGUCCUCUCCCAAGACAAUUGGAGGGAGUCAGCCGCGAUAUUAGCAUGGUCAUGAAAGAAAUUAAGAAAAUGCAGGACUUCCUGGGUCGCGAGAAACCCAUCUGGACCAAGAUUUGGGAGAAGGAGCUACAGCUGGUUUGCGAAGAACGAGACCAGCUUACCAUGCAGGAAGACCUCGCUGCCGACCUGCAAGACGAUCUCGAGAAGGCAACUCAAACCUUCGCCCUGGUGGAGCAAGCUACGAAGGAGCAGGUGUUGACAAAUACAACCGGUAGCACCGCUGUCCGCGCCCCAUCCAGGACUCUUGGAAUCGACCCAACUGUUGAUCCCAUGAAAGCCAAGGACGGUGUCCUAGGCGAAGUCAGAGCUUUGCAACCCAACCACGAAGGUCGACUCGAGGCCAUCGAGCGAGCCGAGAAAGCACGUAAGAAGGAGCUUGAGACUCGGCGAAUCGGUCUUUUCCAGAAGGAACUGGGUGCAUUUGUCGACGAAGGCAAAUUGAAGAAGAGCGGUGGUUUCGAGGAGACUGAGCGCCUCCGUACUGCGAAGGACGAACGCAUCCGCAAGGAAGUUUGGGAUAGACAGCAGGCCCGCAAUGCCGAGAUGGAGAAGGCAGAGGCAGAAGCCGCUGCUGCGCAGGCAGCAGAACAAAGCAACGAGGGUGGUGGUGGUGAUGAUGACGAGAAAGAAGGUGAAAAGGAGGCCACUCCGGAGGACACAGACGAGGUAGAGAAGGUGGAAGAGCCCAAAUCGCCAUCUUCCGACACGGGGAAGCCACUGCCCAAGGCACCAGAGGAGGAAGACAACGCCACCUCCGAACAGCCCUCUGCUUGA